AAAUGGUUAACCUCUCUGUGAGUAAUUUUCAGGUUGGCUGUUAUAAGGAGUUUAGCGUGUUCCGCUGCAGUAGACAGGAAAGGAGAAUGCAGGCAAAGGAAGAGCUGAAACUAGCGCAGUUGGAUUUGCUGUUGAAUCUGGGUUGUGGGUAGAUGUGGCCGCUCAGUGGAGGAGAAAACAGCGCAAUGAUUUUGUUAGGCAGAGGGGAACAUCUUACUGUGCGCGUUUCCGAUUACCAGAACGCUCGGGUUUAAAACUCCAGGAUUGUACCGAAGGGAAUUUUGCGCAUUUAUUGGAGAAUAUGCCACCACCCGGUUUUGGUCCAUAGUUCCGCACGAUCAAAAGCGCAGUUGCGCAAUCACGAAGUGAUGGAGGGAGCCGGAGGAUCCAAACUCAGCAGGAGGACCUUCAUCGUCCCUGCCAUCAAAUCCUUCGAUCACUAUGACUUCACUAGAGCCAAAAUAUCAUGCAGUCUAACAUGGCUGGUGGCAAAAGCCUUUGGAUCAGACUGUAUUCCUGUGGAGCUGGAGAAUCCGUUUUAUAAGGAUCAGUAUGAGCAAGAACACCUGAAGCCUCCAGUCGCGUCCCUGCUUCUGUCAGCUGAGCUCUACUGCAGAGCCGGCAGUCUGAUCCUGCGCAGCGAUGCAGCACGACCCCUUCUGGGUCACAACGGGGUCAUUCAGGCCCUCGCUCAGAAAGGCCUGUAUGUGACGGACCAGGAGAGGCUUGUUACAGAGAGAGACCUCUGCAAAACCCCCAUUCAAAUGAGCUCUCAUCUGGCAAUGAUCGACACGCUGAUGAUGGCGUAUACAGUGGAGAUGAUCAGUGUGGAAAGAGUGUUAAGCUGUCUGCAGAAAUACUCCCCAUUCUUCCCAGAGGAAGAUUUCCCAUACGAUGCUGAAGAGGCAGUGACAACCUGGAUUAACAAGGUAAAUGAAUAUUUGAGAGAGAGCUUGGCACAAGAACAGACAGCAAGAAAUGCACUAGACACCAGACCUGCAGGCCAGAAGGCGCAGUACAGAAGAGAGGACAACAAAACACAGUCUGUACUCUGUCUCCCUUUGGUGGACAACUUGCUAAAGGACAACACAGACGGUUGCGCUCUGGCAGCGCUGGUGCAUUUCUACUGCCCAAAUGCAGUGCCACUGAAAGAUAUCUGUGUGAAGGAGACAAUGUCAUUGGCUGACAGUCUGUACAAUCUGCAGCUCAUCCAGAACUUCUGCAGGGACAACCUAAACAACUGCUGCCACUUCACCCUGGAGGACAUGCUCUACGCCUCCAGCUCUUUUAAGAGUAACUACCUUGUGUUUAUGGCAGAGCUGUUUUGGUGGUUUGAAGUGGUCAAACCCUCCUUUGUUCAGCCCCGAAUGCUUGAAGCCAAAGUUUUCAGCCCAGUUGAAUCAACUAAAAUGGCUCCCAUUACCAGACACAACCUGAUCCACAGGCCAAACAGCCCUGACUCACAGAGGUCACCGAGCAGCAACGAGUCAGCUUUGUUAAAGAGAUCAAACUCAAUGUCGUAUGUGGAUGGGUGUGUGGGGACGUGGCCCAUAGAGAAACGGUCUUCAGCCCACGGCAUAUCAUUUGAGAUUCCAUUUGAUGACUCAGUUGCUGGUGCAUCCGGUCGCGGGUUAAGUCGGUCUGCAAGCUCGGAGGGCCUGGGGUUCAAAGUUCACCACUCAGCAUGGGGUAUGCGGAGAAACCUCUCUUUCCAGCCUGUUAAUGGUAGCGCGCACACACCGUUACAGGAGGAAAAAGAUGAUGAAGAAAAAUCGUACCAUCGACCCAUCAGGCCUAACAACUCUAGGUAUACAAAUGGAGUUCAUUCAGAGGUCACUAGUCCCAAACCUCCAGCUCCAACUAUGGAGGAGGCACUAAAGAUCAUCCAUGACUCAGAAUGCCCCCACAGUCGUCUGCGUCCACCCGGUGAAGAAAACGCUUUCUUUCUGCAUCCCCGUGACUCCCAUGACCAUGCUGCUGCUAACCCUGACUCUAACCCUGAUGGCAAUCCAUCUAAAGUUGACGACAGAGAGCUAAAUUCUACAUCCACAGAGGUGGACACGGGAAUUCAUGUGCGCACAGAGGACAUCCAGGAUGGGCACGAUGAAGACUCAUCUCUAAAGGACUACUCUGACAUGGACCAAGAUUACGAGGCCCGAUCGUGUCCUCUACCUGAUACCGGUGGCAGUUUCAGCCCCGUACCGAGUCUGCUUGGGCAGCGCUCACUGGCUGCAAGCUCCACCUCCUCUAUUGGGUCCUCCGCUGCCGUCCGGAUGACAAGCUUCGCUGAGCAGAAGUUCCGCAAACUCAACCACGGAGAGGGUCGGAGCGGAGGAAAUACGCCCGAAAGUGACACAAGCGUCACAAACGCUAGGGUGUUAGCGAGGUCCGUAACACCUGAUGCUCGAAGCCCCAGUCUGAUCAGCUCACCCCGUGACCCAUCUAGCCUGUUAGUGUCUGAGAUGGUGCAGUUAAAGAUGAAGCUGGAGGAAAAACGCAGAGCUAUCGAGGCUCAAAAAAAGAAAGUGGAAGCUGCUUUUACGCAUCACAGACAACGGAUGGGUCAAACGGCGUUUCUCAAUGUGGUACGACGCAAAGAAACCACCUCGCCGCUACCAGGUGAUGUGGGCGGUAGUUCAAUUCCAGGUGAGAAGCAAAACAGUGAACCACAACCUUUAAAUACAGACCAGAGCACCUCUCGAUUGGAGAGGUGCAAACCAGAUGGGGCACCAUUGAAAUCCACCCCAGAUGAGGCAGGAAUGGGCGAGGUUGUGGACCUGACGGAGUACACGCACUCAAUAGAGCGACUGAAUGCAUCGCUGAGCUUUCUGCAGACGGAAAUGCAGCGCCUGGCACAGCAGCAGGAGCACAUCAUGCAUCUUCGUGACCAACAAAGCUGGGUGAUCUCCCCCCCCCACACACACACCCAUAUGCAACCGCAGAAACACUUGCGAGAGCUGCGCAGUAGUAGUGUUGCUGGUCGCGGAUCUGUUGGUUCCCUGUCCCCAAAUCUGUCCUCCACUGGGUCACCCCGUGCCUCCAAUCGUUCGCCCGCUCUUAUAAAGAGGAAAUCUGCAUCGUUCCAUGCCCGGACCCCACGCACUCCACGUCCUACUGAGCUGAAAGUCACCCCAUUGAGUCGGAUGCUGAACACUCCACAGUCAGUGGACAGUUUACCUAGGCUGCGCCGGUUCUCCCCUCGCCAAAUGCAAACCAGUUCUUUUGCAUACUUGGGGCAUGAUGAGGGUCCUGCAAGUAAGGACACAACUGAGAAAGUACAUACAGCAGAAAAGAGGUCUGAAAAUGAGCAACCCAAAACACUACAAGGGAAUGCUGAUGUAGCUGAUUUAUCCAGCCAAGAUGAGAUGGUGAACCAAGAUGAGAAGGACAAGAAAGAGGACACAACUAUGAAAGCAGAACCCAGUACGACAACAACAGAGGUGCAGAUUCAAUCCCAACCAGUAACUGCCAGUGUCACAUCUGCAGCGGGCUCAGGACAAAGUCAGGACCAGAGUAGGAAGAACCUGACUGAGGUGCCCCUCUCAGAGCUGAAGUCUCUAGAUGGCCUGGAAAGUGAGAAGACGGCAGAGGGCAGCGUGUACUCGCAUAACCCGGAUCAGAAGAUGUGUUGUGGGUUCUUUUACAGGGAUGAUGAGAAAGCUGAGGAAGACAUUGCACAGAAGAGGGCUGCUCUGCUGGAGAAGAGACUGAGAAGAGAGAAGGAGAUGCAGAUGAAAAAACAGCAGCAAGAACAAGAGAUGCAGCAGAAAAAGGAAAUGACAAGAUUGAAAGCAGAGGAGGAUCGACAGAAGAAAGAGGAGGAGAAGGAGAAACGAGAGUUCAUUAAAAACGAGUAUUUGAGGAGGAGGCAGCUCAAACUGAUGGAGGACAUGGACAGUGUCAUUAAGCCCCGUCCUCCGAGCAUCAAACACAAGAAACCCCGUCCAAAGUCUAUGCACAGAGACAUUAUGGAGUCUCCUAAACCACCAGCACAGACAAACACAGGCUCACGUCCACGAGGAAACUCAGUCUCUAGCAUAUCACUGGCCUCACUUAACCUGGCUGACAAUGACAGUGUCCAGUCAGACAAGAGGAUGUCCAGACGCAGCAAACUUUCUCCUGCCAAUCUGUGUUUCUUUUUGAGCUCCGCAAAAGGGGCAAAAGCCAGGCCCGAGACGGCUGUAGGUCAGUUGUCACCUGGUCCGUCAGUAAAUCAGAAUGGGGAGAACUGGGAGAACGAGUCAUCAUCGUCAGCAGCAUCCAAUACAGAAUACACAGGACCAAAGCUUUACAAGGAACCCAGUGCCAGGUCUAACAAGUACAUCAUCCAGAACGCACUGGCCCACUGCUGCCUGGCUGGCAAAGUCAACGAGGGGCAGAAGAACAAGAUACUAGAGGAAAUGGAGAAGACGGACUCAAACAACUUUUUGAUCCUGUUCCGAGAUUCCGGUUGCCAGUUCCGCGCACUCUACACAUACUGUCCAGAGACUCAAGAGAUCAGCAAGUUAACAGGCAUCGGGCCAAAGUCCAUCACUCCCAAGAUGAUCGAGAACCUGUAUAAGUACAGCUCGGACAAAAAACAGUUUUGUCACAUCCCGGCCAAGACCAUGUCGGCCAGCAUCGACGCUGUCACCAUCUACGGCCACCUUUGGCAGACCAAGAAACAAAGCACGCCCAAAAAACUGCUCAAGUGAGGCAGACGGAGCGCUCAGAAACAUGCACUACAGUACACACCUCACUGGAGUCUAAAUUCUCUCUGUUUAGGUUUUUUUUUUGUUCUUUGAUGGAAGUUGAGACACAUUAGACACAGCUUGAAUGUAUAGAUCGCAGUCUUGCAGUAAACGUGGCAUCAGGAUUAGCUAUAAGCACACACACUAUAGUUUGGCUGUGUGUGUGGGUGCCAAAGCUCAAGGGUUUAUGACCUUGCAUUAUUCCUGUCUUGACAUUUUGUUCUGCUUUUAAAUCUCAAGGAUAUGAUUUGUGAACGGGCUGAUCAGCAUAUUAGGGCUAUCAGAUGUAUGUUUGUGUAAAUACUGAGGAAAGACGAGAGGACACAUUAUACUUGACGCUAAUUUCCAUUUGAAAAGUCACGUCUUGCGUUUACUGGAACCUAAGCACCUGACUCUCUGAAUUUGCUGUCUACAUUUAUUUGUAUUUUAGUGAAGAUAUUUAAGGUGCAAAACAGCUUCUGCUAAGGAGCACGUAUGUAAAUGUAUGAGUCGUGUGUAUAUAAUGGCUUUUAUUUUGAAAUGAAUGUGGAUUUCAUCAGG